AUUCAGAGGAGGACAGUGAAAGCUGAUGUUGCCAGCAGGUCCCGGCACUGAAGGACAGCGACAAUGACCACUGCCUCCGUGGACGCAAGUGAGAAGCAGCAGCUAGGCCCGCUAGGGUGUGUGAGGCACGGCCAUGGCCUUGUGGUGUUGCAUCUGUUCUCCAUCGUGCUCCUGGCUGGGCUUCUGGUCACAGUUCUUGUUCAAGGUUUUAAGGACCCCACCUCCUCAGGGAAUGAGAAAAUCUAUAAGCAACUUAUGCAGCUGGAGGCUGGAGUGGACAACCUUUGCCGUCCUUGCCCCUGGGAAUGGACAUUCUUCCAUAGAAAAUGUUAUUACUUCUCCAAGUCCCAGCGUAACUGGAAUGAUUCUGUCACUGCUUGCCAGGAAGUGGAGGCUCAACUAGUCGUCGUUGAGAAUGAUGAAGAAAAGACAUUCCUGAGUGCAAUUUCUAAGGAUAAAGGAUCGGCCUGGAUGGGUCUCUCAGACCCCAAACGGGAAGGCAUGUGGCAGUGGGUAGAUGGCACAUCUUUGUCAGACAGCUUCAAGAAGUAUCAGAAGAAAAAAGAAAAUGACAAAGGGGAAGGAGAAGCUUGUGGUGAAGUUACAGGUGACCUCUGGACCACUGACAAAUGUGAACUUGAGAAAUUUUGGAUCUGUGAGAAAUCUGAAGCCUCCUGUCCAGCAAGAAAAGUCUGAUUGUUCUGCAGUUCAUGAUGCUGACAUCCCUGAGAGACAUCAGUAAUUUACCCACAUUAAUGAGAUUUCAACAUUAGCUCUGGGACUCCUCCAUGCCUUAGACUUUAUCAACUGUGAGACAGCAACUAUAGUAGGGGUUCUGAACCUUUCUCAUAAUGUGAUCCUUUAAUGCACUUCUUCAUGCUGUGGUGCCCCCCAAACAAAAUUAUUUUGUUGCUAUUCCUUAACUGUAAGUUUAUGAAUCAUAAUGUAGACAUUUGAAAUAUAGGAUAUCUGAUAUGCAAACCCAAAAGGAUUAUGACCCACAGGUUGGUAACUAGAGUCGUAUAGAAUUGAAUCAUUUAUAUUCUUCCUCCAAUGUUUACAUGUCUUGUACAGCAAUUUCCUCCAACUUGAAACAUUCUGCCCUAGAAGGUAGCUAGCUCAUUAAGACUUUGGAAGUUUGUAGGGGUGCUAUAUAGAUGGUUCAGACGUCAGGAGCACUUGCUAAUUUGACAGAAAAUAUGGGUUCAUGGAGAGAUGGGUUAUAAGUUAAGAGUUCUAGAGGACAUGGGUUUGGUUCCCGCACCUAUGCUGGAGGGCUCACAACCACCUGUAACUUAAGCUCUGGGGGCUCUGGUACCCAUUCCUGAACUCUGUGGGCAAGUGCACUGAGGUGCACAUAUCUACACACAUAUCUACACACAGAUACACAUAAUUAAAGAUAUUUAUAUAAAAAGAAACAAGAAGUUCUAUAGAUAGUCUCAUUAAGACUCAGGAAGGAAACAAUGCACAAGUCUCAAGAAAUCCCUGAAACUUCCCAGAUUCAUAAGAUACCUCCCUCUCUAAAGUAAUAUAUAAAGAGCAAUAAGGAGGGCUGAGGAGAGGAGGCUUUCUGACCUGUAGAGCUGCCUACAAGUGACUGAUUUCAUGAGUCAUUAUCUAUGCUGUGGUAGGAUGUGGACACACAGCUGCUGUCUUUGAGUCAUUUCUGUUUAUGUAAGUAACUCUUCAAACAUAUUAUUGUAAGUAACCCCAAUAAACUCAAUGGUUCAUCUAUUA